GUCGCAAGCUUUCCACGUGUCUCUCUCCCCGCACCAGUUCAUUGAUUGUUUGUAUCGCUGCAUUAAAAUAUUGCAUAGCAACAACAGCCCUCUGUGGCGAAGCACUGCGAGGAAAGGUAACAGAUGAGAAUGAUUGUUUCUCUCUUAAUCGUUUUUUAAAGGUUGGUGUAGAGAGGAUUGAGUGUAGAUAAGUGUGUGUCUGUGCUGCAGGCGGUAAAUAGAAAUGGUGCAGUGCGAGUGCGGUGUAGCAUGCUAGCUCCCGUUAGCUGAAGGAGGACAGAUGUUCAGCGGUACUCUUCGCCCUUUAUUGAGGGUUUACUGUAACAAACCGAGGCAGACGUUUCAAGAGGAUUUAACAUUUGUCUUUAUGAAUACCUCUGUUCAAGUUGUAUCUUUGUGUUUAUUCAGGAAAUGUCAGAAAGCUUGUUCCAUUCGCACCAGACAAAAGCGAAGAUAACAUUUCGGACUUUGACCUGUUGUCAUGGAGAUUGUGGAUUAGUUUCACCCAGUAAAGAGAUGUCUAAAUUAAAACAUUUACGACACUAAACUGCUUUAUUGUCAGAUGUAGAGGAAGGGUGGUUACAGAGAGGAAAACCUGUAUUUCAGUCACUUAAAUAUCCUGUUAGAGUUUUGUCCUCUAGGUGUAGCAUAGGGGGAAAUUGUGCUGUUUCUGUACCAUACAGCUAAGUGAAAUAUGUAUUUUCACAAAAAAAAUAUGAAAAUAACUUAAAUUAAUUUUGGAUAAUGACUUGAAUAAACCAAUUAACUUCAACAUAAGUGGUUAAAAGUCCAUGUUUCCGGUAAAAUAACAGGCUAAUGUUAUAUCUUGUGAAAGCCUUCCGCUUUAUUGUGUCUUUUGUUUUUUUCAAUGAGUCACAACACGUCUCAGUACUUCACUCAAGUAUAAUAGUGACCUUUUAACCAUAGACUGUAUAUAGAGUAGUAUAUACAGUCUAUGCCUUUAACUAAUAGUACUCUCACGAUCCUGAUACAAGAUCCCAACGUUGUGCUGUGAUAUUUGUAUCUCCCCAAAAUGUAUUACAUUACUAUCAGUCGGUUUUAUUUUUAAUGUGAGAAUCUGAUCUGAGCACGUUUCCCCUGGAGAAACGGUAAGAGAAUGUGUCCCGGUACCUCCACUGUAAAACUGGCACAUUUAAGGUUUUAAACCAUGUGGAUAUGUUUACAAUUAGAUACAAAAAAAUUGAGUUUAUUACUUUUUGAUGUUUUAUAGGUAUGACCCGAUUUUACCACCUGCUUCCUGCGCCUUUAUAGGUCACGUGAUCAAGAAUGGAAACAAAACUUUUUGUCGGAAACGAAAACGAAACUUAUCCAGCAUCUUUUACUCCCUGUUUCCUUACACAAGUCAUAUUCAGGGAUUUACUUAACUUUCGAGGUCACACAUGUGUGACGCUGUUCUACACACCUGCAUGCAACAUUUAUAAGGCAGCUACAUCUCAGGUGUUUUUCACAAGCUGCUGAAAGGACAUAUCUCACCAUCAGGAACACGGACGACCCCUCCGCAGAGGAAACAAACCGAGGCCGUUUAACAUCACUGCUUCACGGAAAGUUAAACCUCUACCGCCGCUAACCCGCUUUCUUUAACUGCUAACUUGUUCGCUGUAAACUACGAGCUGUAAAUCUCGGUUUUAGUCAAAUAAUGCGAUUGGGAAGCUAUAAAAACAGCGUCGUUUACCGCCAAGUUCUCCUCUCAGCUACCACUUUUAACACAACAACUAUAGGUGAGACCUUGAACACUGUGAAACCUAUGGUCCCUGUGCUUUAUUUACAUGUAUUUACUUUUAACGUGUGAGAAUAUUGAAUUUUUGAAAAUGCUAUACCCCUCCUUUUUUUAGUGCUGAGUUGUCUUUUUCUCUUUUUUUAUAUUUAACAAACUUUAUUUAAAGCUUUGAACACAUACAAAUCAAUUUACAUUCCACAUGAUUGAAUUGGAUUAAUUAAUUUACCCAAACAGUACCCAAUACAUAAUACAUAAGCAGACUUCCAAUAAUAUAAGUAGAUCAGACAAACCAAGCUUUGUCCAAAAAAGGAGCUGUUUGACAAGUAAAUGUUCUCAAACUAGAUCUUUAGAUUUGUAUUUGUUGUUUUCUUGGAUGAUGUGUCCUGGCACAGCAUUCCAUAUCACCAUGGCCUUAUACAUGACCGUAUUUAGUUAUUACGUAGUUUGGUCGGGGAUUUUCACAAGACAUUUUUGUUUAUGAUAUUUAUACAGUUACUUUAAAUAAUGUCAAUGCCAAUGUCAGCUUUAUUUAUACAGCAUGUUUAAAAACAGCCAUUGACCUACCAAAGUGCUUUACAGUAAAAUCGCCAGAAACAAUAAAAAACUAUAAUAAACUAUAAUAAAAACAUACAACAACAAUAUAGAUAAACUUUACGAAUAAAUAAAAGACCCAAUAAAAGAAGCUAUACUUCUCCAAAAGCUAAAGUGAACAGGUGCGUCUUCAGAAGUGUUUUAAAAAGGAUCGAGGAACGUCUAAAACCACCUGAUUAGCUGACCUCAGGGCUCCGGAGGGCUGAUGCAAUUUAACAAGGUCAGACAGAUAAAUAAAAUGUACAUGAAAGAAAAAGACUUGGAAAAUAUAUAGUAUAGAAAGAGGCACUGCUAAACUGUCAGUGAACAGGGAGGGGUCACUUUGAACCUCAGUCUGUGCAUUGGUGAUAUUCAGCUGCAUCUUAACUUGAGAACAGAACUGUACGGCCACUAGAUGUCAAGUAGAUUGUCUUCCCAGUGUGACUGCACAGCCUCCUCCAGAAGCCUAAUGACAGUGGAUUCAGAAAAACUCAGUGACGUUAUUCCAUCCGUCAACUGUUGCCUUGCACGAGGGUCAAGAUGAGUCAGCUCCAGCCCCGUCUAGCCCCUGGAAAGUCUGUCCUGUCAGGCCCUAUUACAGUGAUGUACCAACACUAUGGUGUUCCCUAUUAACGUGUUGGCGUUCGGGGCCUGCUCAGCUUUAUGUGACAGACCUGUGAUGCUGACUAAGGCAGAGGGAUUGAAACCUGACUCAGUAUUGGGUGUCCUCUUGUUUUCAGUCUCACUGGUAUAGACAUUAUUGAGUGAUGUCAGAUAUGACACUUGACGCAGAAUCAAUGUUUGUUAAUACCAAAUAAGGAAAUUGAAAUCCUGGAUUAUACUCUGGUCUGCAGUCCAACUCGUUUUUUUUAUCUGUGUUUCUGUUUUUGAUGGGAAGAAUAAACCCGGCUCUGCAAAUCCUACUCACUAUCGUCCAAACUGUCAGCUAACAUUUGCUUGGUUCUCAGUUCAGACCGCUUCAGUGACAGGCAGCCCAGAAACGUCUCUGUGUCCUUGAAGCUGUCCUUUUGGUCUGCAUCAGUGUCUCACUUUCCCUCUCUGCUAUGGAUCCAGAUCCAGCAAUAAUUUGUAAGGCUAGAAAUAAAGCAGAAUGGUCACAAGAAGGUCUGAAUUAUUAAUCACCACCCUUUUACCCCGAGAUUAAGUUUCAGUGUGACGGGAGGGACAGUAUGUCACCUUUCAGUAUCCUUGUGAGCUAUAAUCUGAAGGUGGACACAGAAAAGUUUGAAGAGUUGGCAUUUGUUUGAGCCCAUCCUACUCUGUUUACGCCGUUUUUAAAGGAAGGGUAGAGUGUUGGAUCAAGUUAUAAACUUCGUCCUUGAAGCUUGUACAGACUCACUGACGAACCCAAGGACACUUGAGCAGGUUGGAGGUUUGCCAGAGGUGUCUGAACUUGUGUUUUUGGCAGGAACAACAGUUUGUCUCACUGUCCUGAUGUGCUGCUCAUUAGCCAAAAUUCAUCGUCUUAGUGGUAAUCAUUUCUGUUGAUUGAUGUUCUCCUGACGUUGACCUUUGUUUGUGUUUCAGGUGCUUUGAAUGUGCUGUAAUCCUGACUCUCCGUCAGGGUCUGCUGUUUGUGCUUGAGGACAUACAUUCAUAGCGAGCGGCACAGACAGCUGCACCGGCCCCCUCCACGCUCAACCCCUGCGCUAUGAGCAGAGGUAGAGGAGGGCCUUCCAGAGACCACUACCGCAGGCAGCCUCCGCCGGACUUCCAGGCCAAGGAUAGUUAUUACAGACCUGGCCCCACCUCAUCCCAUCCUCGAUCUGGCCCCCAGCAGAGUUCAUAUUCAAGCUACUACCCAGGCCGUCCAGUUGCUCCCAUACAGCCCCAGGCUCCCAGCCCCUCUGCUCCACCCAUACCAAGUCAGAGUAAAGGAGCACCUUCAUCAGUGCCUUACGACCACUUAUAUAAUCCCAAUUACGGCCCCAGUUUUAUUCCCAAUUCAUUCAGGCACCAGCAGAUUGAAUUCUUGAGAGGACAGAACAGUGAGGCGCCACAGUUCAGAGCCAGUCCACGUGGGAGUGGAGGUGGAGGUGGAGGUAGGGGCACCUAUAGAUAUUCGAACCCUUGCAGCAGCCCAAGAGGUAGAGGAGGGUACAGUCAGGAUCAGAAUUUCCUGCAGCAGCAAAGCGUAAGAGUUCCCCGAGGAUUCCCUGGCCCUCCACACCUGAAUCAAAACCCCAACUAUUAUUCCAACAGACACUGGUGCGACCAAGCGGACUCUCUUUAUGAAGAGUUUCAGGGUUUGUCUAUUCAUCGGGAGAGGCCUAACAGAGGAGCGGAGAGGUUUGACAGACAUUCUGCAUCCAGCAGCUCGGGAAUCGUGAGUUACAAAAAAGGUACCAUCACCCUCACUCCUGAAAUUCAGGACCAGGUAUACAGAGCUUUGGCAGCUUUGAAGCCGAGGGAAACAAUUGCCGCAAAAUCUUUAGCUAAAAAGCUGCACCUGCCCAAAAGCAUAGUCAACAAGGCUCUCUAUUCUUUAGGGCGCUCAAAGAAAGCUUCCAAGCAAGGGGAACUCCCUCCUGAGUGGAGUCUCUACAUAGAUCCUCUCAGAGGCAAGGACAAUCAAAACCUUAAAGCACAAAGUCCACCUUUGCAUCUCUAUGUUGGCACAGAACAACCGCUAAAACCUGAAGUUGAGGUUGAGCCAAAAGCAACAUCAGAAUACGGGGAGUCAGUCAAAGAGGAGGACUCCGACACAGAAUCCUCUUCUUCUCACUUCUCCUCUUUAGAGUCAUCUGACUCUGAACUAUCCCAGUCACCAGCCAAAGAUCUGCGCCUGGAGAAACAUCCCAGGACUACCAGCUCCCCCGACCAGGAACUUUGUCCUCCCGCCAUGGCUGACCAGAAAGAGCUGGUUCUGCAGUACCUCUUGCUGUCAAGAGAAGCAACAGCUCUCGUCAUAGCAAAGAAUCUAGGUCUAAGGAAUGCAAAGCAGGUCAACCCCACCCUCUAUGCCCUGGAGAAGCAAGGUGAAAUCAUUAGGAAUGGAGAGGUGAACCCUCCCACCUGGGAACUAUCAGACCGCCGCAGAGAGAGGAUGGAGAGGAGCCGUAAAGCUGCUCAGCAUAACCCAGUUGAGGAGGUUCAGAUGCUACUUGAUGGUGAGAGGGAAGGAGGGUCCAGGAUUCUGUCAUCAUCCCCGCUACCUACAAUACCAGGCUUGGAGCUGCUGACACCAUCAGAGAACUGGAUAUCUGAGCAAAGUGAAAGGGAAGUGGUAAGUCAAAUUGAGCUCUGUUGUUUUUAUAUCUGCUUGUUGUUAUCAGGUAAAGGUGAAUAGAGAGGUUUUGAGGUUAUGGUCAAUUGAGUCGUCUCUUUCUCUAAAAAACAGUCUGAAAAAGGAACAUUCCCACAAGUUGUCAACUUCAGUGAAGGUCACCACCUUUAGACUUCUAUCCUAAUCUUACUAACGUGCAUUGUCAACCCCCUUUUUGCAGUCAAAUUCCUCCUGCCCGCUCCCCUCCUCAUCUCAAGAUGAAGAGACCACUGAAGGACAGUGGGCGUCAGAUGACAUCCCGGAAUUCCUCAACGCCAUACGGAAGGAGACAGAUGCAGAGAAACUCGCAGCAGAGAAAGCUGGCGCCGUAGGAAGUGUCGCUGUGUCACUUGCAGCUGCACCUCCACAGAACCUGUGGGCCAAGUUACAGGAGUUGAGGCUCAAGAACCCCGUCAGCGGCCUCAUGGAGUAUGCCCAGUAUCUGGGCCAAAACUGUGAGUUCCUGCUCCUAGACCAAUCAGGACCUUCUCAUGAUCCAAGGUCAGUGACUUUGUCUGUUCCCUUUUGUCAAUGUAAGCUUCCCAGAAGAAAAUACAGUGUGAUCAUUGUUUGUGUAUUGAUGCUGUGAUGUUGAACUGUACAGAGGGCUGCACCAGGGCGAACUCUGACCUUAUUAAGAGGAUCAUGUUUUAAACGAUCAACAUCAAGAACACAUUUUCUUUGUCUUUGUUAAAGAGCUGCAUAAAUCCAGUCACACUCACACACAGCUUUCAGUGCCACAGUCAUCCUCAGUUUGAGUUUACUAGUCUGCAUAGAAUGAUGAUCUAAAUAGCUCCAUGUAGAUAUAAAGAUUCAAAGAAGAGACAGUGGAAUAGUAGGGAGUAGGCCCAGUUUUAUUGAACUUGAUGGAAAUAUAUAGAAAGGACUCAGACAGAACCUGUACAUUUUAGUGCAGAUCCUGAUCUAACUAAUUGAGAAUGUAUUGAUAGAAUUAAAUAGGGUUGGGAGAAAAAAUCGAUAUGGCAUAGUAUCGUGAUAGUUUGUCUGGUGAUGUAUCGUAUCGUCUCAUUUACCAAGGGGGGGAGUUUGCUGUUACCCCUUCUCUCUUGCCGCUCAUGGAGCUAUGCUGUUGCGUUCACAUUACAUUACGUUACCCGUGCUACUCGCUAUAAAGACAGUGUAUAAGAUUGAACGUUACCUUUCACAUUAAUGGAAGAGGGUUUGACAGGAUUUGAUGCGCUCUUUCAAGACUCAAAACAAGUUGAAAAUAACGUUGUGUGUUGGUUGUGCUCACACAGUGCAAGUAGAAAUCAUUAAUGGCACAUUGAUAUUAGUGCUGCUAAUGCUAUCAAUACUCCUCGCUAUAUAAACCGUGUGUAAGCUUGAACGUUACCAUUCAGGUUGAUAGAAGAGGGUCCAACAGGAUUUGAUGCGCUUGUUGAUGACUUAAAACAAGCCGUAAAUAACGUUGUGUGUUGUUGUGCUCACACAGUGUGAGUAGAAAUCAUUAGUGGCACAUUAAUAUUAACAAUCAUGAAAUUUCAGUAGCGGUGCAAGUAAUUUAGCGACAUGAAAAUAAAAUACAGUGUAAAUAAGACAAACAUAAAGGAAAGCAAAAUACUAAAUUAGCUUAGCAGUUGAAAAAAUUAAAUAAAUCACAAUAUAUUGUAUCGCAAUAAUAUUGUAUCCUGGUCCAAGUAUCAUGAUAAUAUCGUAUCGUGGGGCCACUAGUGAUUCCAACCCCUAGAAUGAAAUCAGUAUAACACAAACAAAUACAGCAGUUUUAAAGAAGGCUACCAUGGAAUUGAAAACAGAACGAUUGUACUUGGCCUAAGUCGGCACCCUCAGAGUGACCCUCGAGUUUAUUAUGUGAUGUGCACAAGUUUGUUUCGAUUGUCCCUCCAGCAUGUUUAAUAUCCUUAAUACUCCCUGAUGACCUACCAGGUGGAAGUAAUCUGCCUUAAUGAAGACGUAUGAUGCUGCUCCUCUACAGUUGAAAUGACUUUGCUCAUUACACAGCACAGUUUUAGAAAAAGAUGUCGCUGCUCAAUUAAUCAUGCAUUGUGUCACUGCGUCUCCUCCAAUCUCGUUUCACCGGGUUUUCAGGUUUCGUAUGCAGGUGAUGCUAAAUGGCAGGCUGUUUCCGGCCGCAGAAGCCUCUAGUAAGAAGAUUGCAAAAAAAGACGCGGCUGCAGCGACUCUGCGUGUUCUCAUAGGGGAGAUGCAAGGAGGUGCGAGCACGGGGGAGGUGGGCAAUGCUGCCAGCAUGGACCAAGUCAUGGAUCUACUCCCAGACACCAGUGUAAGUUUGUCUCUGAUGUGUUGAAGUUAUCUACCUCCAGCCAACUUAAGACUUGCUCCAAAUGUUGCUUCAAAUAUCUGAGAUUUGUCGUGCACUUCAUACUUCAUACUGAAAUCUGAAAUUGUUCAUCAAACAAGCCAGAGAGGUGAUAGAGGUGAUAAUUAGUCAUCUUUCUACAGCCUCUGCAAUUAUCAGGAUCAUUUUAGUUCCUGUUUUAAUUUCUAAAAGUUACAUAAACAAAGAAAGCCUGAAAUGAGAGGGUUUUUUUGUCUCCUCCACUUUGUAUCAGGGGCCAACUGAAGGCUCGGGUGGGAUUUGUGGGAGCAGUAGCGCCGAAGGGAUGACAGAGGGGCCCCGCCAGCCCCUGUCACGCUCUCUUCCCGGUGGCAAGAAUCCGGUGUCUGUCCUAAUGGAGUACAGCCAGCGCAGCGGGAACUCCAUCGAAUUCAUCAUCACUAGGCAGGCGGGCCCACCACAUGACCCAAGGUACCGGCUGCUUCACCUCCUUUUGAUUCUGUCCUCUUGGAUGUCGUUCUCCCCCACACAGCAAGUUUCUUUUUGGUUGUGUGUUCUUGAGAUGAGAGGAGCAGCAGAUCAGCAAUCUGAUCUUUGUACUGAACAUCAGCUGACAAAGAUACAAUACUGUCUCUGUCCAACCACUCUUUAACACUCUUUCAGAUUAUAAUUCACCACUUGUGGCCUCUGGCUGAGGGUAACAAGGCCUAUUUCUGUCUCCCUCAGAAAUACUCCAUGUAUCUCCAGUCAUACUUACUCAUAAAGUGUGUUAGCACUGUUGAUGCCAGCUGAAAGAGUUAAAUGAAUAUCUCUCUUCACCUUUUUCCACUCUCUCUCUUUGUCUCGUGUCAAGGUUUAUGUACAGGGUGAAGGUCGGAGAGAGCUUGUUCCCAGAAGCCUCAGCUCCAAGCAAGAAAGCAGCCCGCCAGUUGGCUGCAGAAGAAGCUGUCAAGGAAUUGAUGGCUGAUGGGAAACUGCAGCUCAGCAGGGUAAGGUUGGAAUAAGUUGAGCCUUUCAUUUGGGAGGGAAGAGCCAGGGAUUGCGCUUUUUUAGAGACAACAGGCAACUCAGACUGAAGAACCCAAUUUUCUUGCCGCUGUCACGCAGCUCCGCUCUGUCGGUUCGGUGCUAUUCACGUCUCUGUUUUUCUCCUCUCCACCGCCUCCUCUGUUCUCCAGCCUCAGUUACCCCUGGGCUCCUUCAGUGAAUGUGAAGGCAGUAAUGUUGCGACCGUAUGUCCCUCUCUGCCCCCGCUGACCGCUGAUGAGCUGCGAGUCGCACAUGAGGCAGGAGUCGGCGACCUCAUCAACCACCUGAACAACAAUGCAGUGUCAGGUCUUCUGGAGUACGCCAGAGCGCGAGGCUUUGCAGCUGAGAUCCGAUUGGUGGGUCAGUCUGGGCCUGCACAUGAGCCUAAGUAUGUCUGACGCAACCGCUGACAAAAAUAAUGUACUUACCAGAUUUUUUUUUAGAAAUCUCUUAUUUUUAGCACAAGACAUGUCAAAGUAAAGUCUGAACUCUGUGCUUGUUUUUUAAGCAACCUUGAUGGUUUUGAUCCUUGAGGCGAGAGAGUCCCGUCAAAUCUAGUCUUAUUGCCUAUUUUCCCCUUCUGCCUAGAUUCACCUACCAGGCUAAACUGGGCGGACGCUGGUUUCCCCCAGUGUGUGCAUCCAACAAGAAGCAAGGGAAACAGGAAGCGGCAGACGCUGCUCUACGGGUUCUGAUCGGGGAGGCUGAGAGGGCGGCUCGCACCGGAGAGCUUAUUCCAGCUGAGGUUUUGAUUUUUUCUUUUACGUUUUCACAUUUUCUAUCUGGAAAUCUGAGCAUGCACACACAUCUCAAGAGCCCCGUCUGACUCAGCACAGAAAUAAGGCAGUAUGUAACAGGAUUACAGAAGCAGCAGCAGCGGCAGCAAAGCCAAAGCUUUUGAUUACCUCAUUACCUGUGUUUAGAGGUUAAGCUGGGCUUAGUUAAUGUCAAUGCUUUUGUGUUUUAACAAAGAGCUUCAGGUGAGCAAAGCUGAUUCAGUGACAAGAUAAAAGCUUUAAUAUCCGUGUGCCAAUUAGGAGUUACAAUUGAGUCUAUAAAUAAACGAUUUUUCAGGUUUACAGAACAUUAAAGGGCUCUGUCUGUUAGAGGGCUUUUGUUUUGUUGUGGUUUUAAGAUAUGAAGCAGUUGAAAGGAUAUUAAACACUUAAGACUGCGUUUUUUCGUGCUUCCUAAUAUCAAUCAAAUUUUAUUUAAACAGCGCCAUUUCACAACAGUCAUUAUCCAAAGACGCUUUCUAAAGAAAAAGAGCAGGUCUAGACCAGGCUGAUUGUUUGAUGAAUUAUCAAGACCCAACCUUAAGAUGGGACAGAUUUGACCAACUUCAUCUCACAUGAGUGACAGUGGCGAGGAAAAACUUCCUUUUAAAAGGCAGAAACCUUGGGAAGGACCAGACCCAUGCUAGACAACCUGAUAUCAUGUCUUAAAGGCCAUAAUUACCUCCGCCAAGGAGGUUAUGUUUUCGGUAGCGUUGGUUUGUUUGUUUGUGAGUUUGUUUUUCUGUUUGCAACUUUACGGAGAAAGUAACAGACGGAUUGACCUGAGAUUUUCACCAGAGGUGCGUCUCAGCCCCUGGAGGAUCCCAUUAAACUUUGGUGGUGAUCCGGAUCGUCCUCUGGAUCCAGGAAUUUUUUGAAGGAUUCUUCAUCAUUGUGAGAUAGGGCAAAUUGUGGAAUUUUUGCAUUUAACUCUAUAAAAAUGUCCAGAGUCUUUAGUAAAAAAAAUUACACGAAAGGAUCUCAAUGAGUUUUAUGAGGUGUCAAAGGUUGAUCCUGAUCCAGACAAAAUUCCGGAUACUAUGAUCCAGAACACAAAAAUAAGGGUGGUAACCAAUGGGCGGCACAGUGGUGUAGAUGGGCGCCACAGUGGUGUAGUGGUUAGCACUGUUGCCUCAUAGCCAGAGGGUCCUGGGUUCAAAUCCGCGUCAGGGCAUUUCUUGUUUUAGGAACAUUAUGAUCAGUGAACAUACCAGUUAAAACACAAAUAAAAGUUAAUAAAAGACACGUAACAGUAAAAGUUUUGGUGUGAAUCACAAUAUAAGGGGGGACAUGAGCUGCUUGGCGGAGGUCUGCGCUCUCCGAGUGCUUUUCUAGUUUUUUACUGUGUUCAUUUUUGGUGACUUAAACUUAAUCUGAGUCCAAACUGAUAGUAGCAGAUACUUUUUAAAUAGGUCUAUAGAAAUGCUCAAGAAAGAAAAGUUCACCGCUGUGUUAAUAGUGCAAAAUAACUAAUUUAGGCAGACACUUAAAAUAGUUUCCACAGCGUUGAGUUUGCAUCAAAUCUUUAUUUUAUUUUCUGUUUGCCUGUCCUGUCAUGUAAACAUCCUCCUCUCCAGCUUCCAGUGAGCGGCAGCACUUUGCACGACCAGAUAGCGAUGUUGAGCCACCAGCGUUUCAACUCCUUGACCACGCGCAUCCAGCACAGCCUUCUGGGACGCAAGAUUCUGGCCACCAUUGUCAUGAGGAGAGGCGAGGGCCUGGGGACUGUUGUCAGCCUGGGAACUGGUAUAUUCAUACUCGAAGCAUGUAACCUUUUAGAGUUAAGGGUGGUGGCAAUAACAGGGCGUGUGUGCCGCCACAUCGAAAAUAUGCCGCUGCACUUCUUCAUGGUGUGACCAACCGAACUGGGUCACUGCAGGACCGAGAGGCGUUGCAUUGUUGUGUUAUUUGACAUUGACUGUGUUUGUCAUAUUUUCUGCCAGGAAACCGCUGUGUAAAAGGGGAGGAGCUGAGCCUUAAAGGGGAGACGGUUAAUGACUGUCAUGCUGAGAUCAUCUCGAGACGGGGAUUUAUUCGGUAGACAUAGUUUCUGUAUUUUUUUAAUCCACAUUGUUCCCUCUGUUCUAAAAAUACUUCCUCUUCCAGACCUUGCUCUGCCUGAUGUUAUUUUGAAGUCUAAGUCAUCAUUUCACUUCCUCUCAGGUUUCUGUACAGUGAGCUGAUGAAACACUAUGACGGCACAGAAGAAAGCAUAUUUGAGCCUGGGCAGAACAACAAACUCCAAAUCAAAGCUGACAUAACCUUUCACCUCUACAUCAGGUGAGAGUGUCGGAUGUUCUCUCUCCUUACUCACUUCCCCUCGUUAUCUCCUCUUUCAUUCCUGCCCUGCCCGUCACUCACAUCCAUCAGUGUUUCAUGUUUGGAUCAAUAUGAUCCCUUCUCUUGUAUACCUCAGGUCAUUAUGGUGAGUGUCAUAUCAGUAUCUUAACGUCUCUUCUUUCUGUCUCACAAUAGCACGGCACCUUGUGGGGACGGUGCUCUGUUUGACAAGUCCUGCAGUGAGACAGGGGAUGACAUCGAGGGUCAUCAGCCUCUGUUUGAGAAUAACAAGCAGGGUAAACUCCGGACCAAAGUGGAGAAUGGUAAGAGAUGGAAGUUUGCAGUGCUUGGGUGUCAUUUUGUCUGUAGGCAGGACUUGUGGUUUUAACAUUUUCGUGGCUCGUUUCAGGCGAGGGCACCAUUCCAGUGGAGUCCAGUGACAUCGUGCCCACCUGGGACGGCAUCCAGCACGGCGAGAGACUUCGAACCAUGAGCUGCAGUGACAAAAUCCUGCGCUGGAACGUGUUGGGUCUGCAGGGGGCACUGCUCUCCCAUUUCCUGAAUCCCAUCUACCUGAAGUCCAUCACUCUGGGUAAGCUCACUCUCCUCCUAAAAGCAGAAUAUUUAUGACAAGUUCUCCGAUUCGUCCUUGCUACUUUGUCUCUUACAAUCUGUCUUUACUGUCUUUAAUCUGUCAGGCUAUCUGUACAGCCACGGACACCUCACACGUGCUGUCUGCUGUCGGCUGGCCAGAGACGGUACGGCAUUUACCCAAAGCCUCCCAGCUUCCUUCAUGCUCAACCACCCAGAGGUAAUAACACAAGUUUUGUCAAUUUGACGUGCGGACAUUAAUCAGGAGUAUUGAGGUCAUCGCACUAAUUUAAUGAAUUAUGCUGCCAAGUCUCUUAUUUGUGCCCGAACAACUGUUUCUUCACCGCUCGUCGUUGUUAAAUUUGGCUCAUCCAUCAAUUAACAACGAGCAGGUAAGGUCACUGUCACGUAGCCAAUGAAGUCCCCGAGAAAAACAGUCGCUGGCAGACGAACAAAAUUCAGCGUAUUCUUUGUUGCAGCCAUUUCUGAACGCUUUCUUGGCUGUUCACACAUCAGUAGAGCUGGUUUCAUACGACACUGACGGACACACAUUGUGACACAUGCGUUGCAGAACUUGUUUUUCAUGUCCUGUCUGGAGUUGCUGACUCAGAUUUUGCGGCUGAAUUAGCAUGAUUGAGCAGACAUGCUCUCCACCUCUCCUUUUGCUUUCUCCCACACCACCUGGCUGGACUGCAGGUGGGCAGGGUGAGCGUGUACGACUCCACCCGUCACAUUGGCAAGACCAAGGAGUCCAGCGUGAACUGGAGCUUAUACGACCAACACAGUGUGGAGGUGCUGGAUGGGACCAAGGGGAAACUGGAUGGGUACGUCACUGAACAAACACCUGUCGCUCCCGAUGGAAUCACACACUGUUUAUUAAUAGCCUCUGUUGUCAAAUUAAGCAUAAUUGAAGUGGAUGCUUUGUCCAUAAAGGCUAACAUCGGCUUUGUAUAAACCCACCAGACUCCAUUAAGUUAUCAGCUGAAGUAGAAACUCAAACUGCACUGUUUAACGAAAAACUCCUUUAUGCCUGUUGUAAGACUUCUUUAUCACCCCUCUAGGAAAAAACUGAGCGUGUCCAGAGUGUCCAAGUCCAACCUCUUCUGUCUCUUCCAAUCUCUGUGCCAGCGGUGUGGCCGCACAGACCUCCUCUCCCUGCCUUCAUAUUCCCAGGCCAAGAUGUCAGCCAUGUUCUUCCAGAAAGCCAAGCAGCAGUUCUUUCAAGCGCUCAGCAACCACGGUUACGGCGCCUGGAUCGGCAAACCGCUUGAGGAGAAGAGCUUCGACACAGGGGAGGGGAUCAGGAACAAUGGGGUGGGUGUAGCUGUGGGAUACGGCGGCAGUAGAAAUGGAGGGGCAAUGGAGAUUAAGCAAGAGGAGGCGUAGAGAAGGUGUGAGUGGUAUGAAGUAAAUAUGCAUGGGGGGUGGGGGUGGGGUUGGGGUUUGACAGAGACAAAUAAUUGAUUUUGAUUUGCUUGGAAAAGUGUGAUUGGUGGUCAGAAUGAUGUCCUCUAAUGGAACAUGCUUUAAGCCUGAGAGGAAAAGUGAUGAAAAAGGACACGAUAGAUAAGAGGACGAUGGCGAGGGCGAGGCCUAGGGGAUGAGUGGGGUCAGAGAGAUCUAUGAAGAGGGCCACAGGAUACACAAAACAAACACUACAAAUAAAAAGGAAACAGUUUGAAAUCAGUUAAGCGACAUAGUAAACAUUGCUGCAAACCUGGGUUACUGUGUAUGUCUGCUUCCUUCAUACCGUAAAGAUAUAUCUGGGUUGGUUUAAUCUUGUGAUUCUCUAUAUUGUUUGGCAUAUUCUGCCGUGUUUUCCCACUCUUCCACUUGACUUGUGAACUCAUUCUUGGACGCGUUUGAUUUGGCCUCUUCAGACCACUGUUUACUGUCUAAUUUUGCCACGAGAGCUCGAGUAGCUGACAAGCGCUGCUAAGUGACUCUGGACAUCACAUGGCCCCGGCUUAGCAGUGUUUGUUUUUGUGAUUUAGGUUAAUUUAGAGUUCAAGUCCUCUGCCAUCAAGUGCUUUUUCAUUUUUUUUUCCCCACUCUUUGUACACAUGCAUGGAAAUACAUGCAGCAAGAAGAAGCAGAGUUGCUCUCAGCAGGAAUCUUGAUUGCUGAAAAUUGCACUCAGUUUGGUUCUAUGUAAGAAGUAAGCAAGAGGCACAAGAUUCUUUCACUGUACAUAGCAAGAACAUAAAUGCAAACUGUUGCGCCGCUCUGCAACCAACCAAUCAUUCGUUCUUUAAAAUACAAGGCUUUGGCAUCCUGUACACACUCCGAAACCUUCAUCCUGGCCCCUGUCUGUGUACGAUUCAAACCUCCUUCCCCCUCUCAGCUUUCCCUGCACAUGUUAUUGCCAUUGCUGUCAUUAGAAAAGGUCCUCUGUCCAAUUUCUCACCCUUUCUGUGCUACGUGCUUUUUAAUACGAUUUCUUAUGACCCACAAGAGUUACUUUUCUGUGUUGUGUUCUUGUGUGUAUUUUAGUAUCUCAUUAUUUCAGCUCUCUAAAAGUUCCUCAGGAGCUAGCCGUGCUAGAGAGUCCCGUGAAGCCUCAACUCUCCUGCCUGCAGCCUGCCUGCACACUGUUUUAUACAUCUCCAUCAGACAAAAAAAAAGGUUUCCGGGCUUUUCUCGCACGGCCAGCUCUUGAGGAAUACAAAGUUAUGUCAGUUGUGUUGUCCAAGGAGAUAAUGUAAGCUCUUCUUUGUUUGACGUAAUGUCAACGGAUGAUGCAAUAUAUACAUCAGGUUUAUGCAUAUACAUGGACACAGAUGCAGGGAGGGGUUCAAAAGCCUGAGUCCACUUCCAGAUUUUUAUUUAGGGGGGGAAGCUCUGAAAAGUGAGAAAAAUAUCUUGAAGUUCGAUCGCUUCAGAUUUUUCUUCCAGACGACUGUUGUGAGGAGAGAUAUUUUUGUAAAGCUUGAACACGAGUGAGACAACAGUUUGCUGCUUUUGUUUGAGGUCAGCUGAAUCAAACAAGUUAGUGCUUCAUAUUUCUGCAGACAGUUUUGUGAAACUGAUUAAUGUUUGCAGCGAUUGUGUUGCUGGGAAGUAAAAAGUUUUAUGAUAUCCUUUCAGUAGAAAUCGAUACGUUCUUUGCUCUCUCACUACAGCCCCAGAGUUUAUGUUUUUAUAAAGGACCAUAUUGUCACCUGAAGUCAUCAAUAACUCUUUUUUUUAAUCCUUGAGAAAGACUUGAAACUGUGACUUUUAAAACUAGACUUCAGAGUAAGUCCUUUGUCAAGUUACAGCAAGGUUGUUUGAACAGUUCGAUGUGUUUCCUUGGAGAUUGUUUUCAAGUGGAUCUAGAUAUUUUUGAACAAGGAGCUUUAGAAGAUGUGAGCGCAAGAGUUUGGGUUGUUUUAAUCAUUUAGACAUACUUCUUGGUGUUGGACUCAGACUUUUGAACCCCACCAAAUGCAAAACUACGUGAUGUUCAACUUAAGUGUUGUAAAUAUCUGUGUGUAUGUGUAUGUGUGGGUUUAAUGUAUAUACUUUGUAAAUCAUCUACAGUUGUUUUUUUUUUACAUUCUUUCAAUUGAACUGCAAUGUACAUGCUGUUUUUUACCAAUAGAGUUUGGAGUUAAAAUAAAAGAAGUAGCAGUGUUCCACUGGAUUGGUAUCAGGUUGUGUCUUUUUAUUUUUUUUUUGUCAGAGUCUGCUUUACUCUUUACUCUCUGAAAUUCAAUCACACGCAGGUUCAGAUGUGCGGAUGAUUCAGGAGAGGGAGGCAGGAGUAGUCAGGUUAUGUUGCGACUGAAAUCCUCAGCCUCUGACACUGAAUAUAUUACAAAAGCACUUCUCUUUAAGUCAAGGUCUGAGUAUGAGAUUUUCUUUUUCAGCAGGGGUUCCUUAUUGUCUGCUUCCAUCUGCCUAUUAGUACCUGCAGAGCCCGGUGCAAUGCUCCAAAGGAUCAGCAGAUGGAAACAUGUCCUCACCUUGAGGGUGGGAGGUUGUGACUGUGAGAGUGAGAGGGCAUGUGGAGAAAGGCUUAAGAUCAAAAUCGGAGUAACUCUCAUAUAAAAUAGAUUUACACAUCAUAGCAUGUUAGCUAUUAGAAAUUCAUAAGGCUCCUGAAGAGAAGGUUUGUGAGCCAGCUGAAAUUGGCAGAUUCCUCUUUAUGACCUAUUAAAUCAAACCCAACUAUCAGCAGGUGAGUAAUUAGUUUGGAAAGUAUUUGGUACAUCUGAUUUUUUUUAAAUCCCAUCGCACAUCAAUUAUGGAUGCCUCCAAUUCAAUAAAAAAACAUCCUAAUUGCGUGUAGAUACAAUCAGUGAACAUGCUGUAUCUUAAGGGAUCAUUACACUAUACAACACUGAUCAUGCUCACUGUGUCAGCUGAGUCUAAAUGUGCUGCAAUAACAUUGAACAUUUAAACAAGUCGUUUCAAGUCGUCGCUUGGUGUAAAGUCUCAAUGGAAACAAAAAGUGACAUUCAGCCUCUAGUUCUGAAUCACCUCCACGAAGUGCCUGAUCUGGUCUCAGGUUCUGUAGUAAUUGUUUCUGUCAAGGGAUAAAAUGAAAUAAUGUUGGCAGCCAAUCAGUGUAGUCUCUAAGAAGUACUUCUAGACCCCCAAACAGCCUGUUAUAUUAACAGUUUUGUGAUAUUACAUGCUUGUAUUGUCCAAAUAGCCUGUCUUCAGCACUGAAAGCUUGUUUGAAUCAGAUCUCCACUCAUCAACUUCUGCCCAUGCUAUCUCUCCUGUCAAGUUAUCUGGUGGUGGGAGGGCAACACUAAUGAUGGAAGAAGGGGAGCAAAGCACGGCAGAGGGAAAAAUGGGCGAGUUCAAUGGGGCUGCAUGGAGUGAAAUAUUAGUCCAGACAAAGAGCUUAAACCAACCAAUCGAUCCUCUCCAAUGGAAAUAAAUGAGAGAGGGUAAAGAGGGAAUACAUGCCGGCUGAGUGAGAAGAGAAAUGGCCUAGAAGUUAAGUUCAAAACAAUCAAGAUCAGGAGAACCUGUGGAGUCGGGUACAAAUUUAUACUGGUCAAAUAAGGUGGGGCUGGUGGAACUGAGCCUCAAGUCUAUAAAGCACUUAAGAGGGAAAGAGGGGCUCUGGUGAAAACAACAUGGUGUGGGGGAUAUGAAUGGGAUUUCAGUUUAGUUCAGUUGUUACAGAAAACAUCCACUUUUACUUCCAAUCAUGCCUGCUACGGUACAAUAGCACAGACAUGAACUAAUAACAUCACUGCCAUUAAUCGUACAGUCGUGUCCAUGUCUGUAAAUGGUACCCAGACAAUAUUUAGAUUUUGGAUGAAGCUGAUUUCAUGGAUUGGUUUGAAGUUUUGUUGAAAGAGUUGUUAUUCUUUUAAAUAACUUACCUUUUGAUAUCUUUAUACGUCGUUGCAAUUGCUGCAGCAGUAGUCAACUUAUGGCUGUUCUCAACAGCUCUGCUUCUGUUGUCUGGACUGCAGGACAGGGUCUUGCUCCACUUUCUCCUAUCAGAGACAGUUUGGGCUAAGGUGACCAGACAUCUCCAAUUUCCUGGGACAGUCCCCAUUUUGGAUGACCUGUCCCCGGCUAAAGCUGUCCCCGGGAAUGCCCCCGAUUUACGGGUUUAAUGAAUGAGAACAAAAAUGUUGCAUGUAGACUAGAACAACGGUUAUUACGAUAGCCGAGUAGGUAGAAAGCAUGAGUUAGCAUGUUGCACGCAGUCCUGAACAACAGUUUUUACGGUAGGCGUGCGCUGCUACUAAGUAGUACCGAGAUGUUGUGAAAUAUUGUCUGACAUUUUUGCAACAGUGUCAACAGGCAGUGGUCAAAUGUGUUGUUGCUUCCUCUGCAGAUUGAACUGAAACGAUGCGAUAAGGUUUCCCUGAAAUCACUUUUGCUUUUGAGAAUUGAUUUCCACCAUAAUGAGGUUUCCAAUCAGGAUUAAAUGUCAAGUACAGAUUAGUGAUAGACCUUGUUCACAUAUCUAAAAAUAUGAGCAGGGGGCUUUAGCAUUUAGCUAAUGCUCUGCAACACUCUUUCGUCAUAUCCAGCAAUUCCUGUAAUAGUCAAGGAGACCUGUCCCUCCAUAAUGUGUAUGUAUACGUAAUAUUUCUUCACUAAAAAGGCACCAACACUCCGGUUUCCAAUGGUGAGAAUAUAGAAAUAAACUAAAUGCUACAGUUAUGUAUUGUUAUUGUAUUUCCAGUAAAUGACAAUUUGGCCAUAAUAGUGAUUGAAAGUGAGAUUGUGCAGAACUGACUUGCCCAUAUAAUGCUGCUUUUUAAAGAAAUCAAGUGUCACAAAGAGUCUGGCAAGAAUCAGGCAAUGUCACUUAGCUGUGAGAUGGAAGACAGCUGACUAAGGGAGACUGCAGCCUCUAAGAAACACACACACACACAAAAAACCCUCCAUAAAACUUUACUAUCAUGCUGACACACUAAAACUGUAAUUAGCCUGUAGACUUCUUUAGCACUUCUGAAUGUUUGCAUUCGGGCAGCUGCUCACACUUACAGACAUAUUUAGCCGAUUGCCUCUUCAAUCAAGCACAGCACAUAAAUACAAUAAAGCAUUCCUUUUGUCAGAGGGCUUCAGACCUUGACUCCUGACUGCAAGGGUAUCAAAGAAGGCUUAUAUUUGACACGUCUGUAAACUACGGGGGCACAGAACCAGCCGCAGAUUUCUCACUUGUCUUCCUUUCAUUAUGACAACAAUCCCAGUCAUUCCAACCAACAAAGGGCAGGAUGGUGCUCCAUGGUGUUCAGCUGUGGUGAGAUUCAACAGAGGGAUCAGAGGGGUGUGAUUCCAG